AUGGCGUGGCCCUGUAUCACCAGGGCGUGCUGUAUGGCCCGCUUCUGGAAUCAGCUGGACAAAGCUGACAUUGCGGUGCCUUUGGUUUUCACCAAGUACUCGGACGUAUCCGAGAUGCAACACCUUCAUUUGCAACCUCCACAGAAACAGGCUCUGGCUGCUCCGGUCGCCAUAGAAACGCAACCCUCUCACAGCGGCCAGGAGGUUGUGGGCAAAGGGCCACCCGCGUCUAAGUCCUCUGCGGUCCAGGAGAGUACUUGUGGAUCCGUUAUGCGCCAAGACUUCAAACAUUGGAAGGUGCGCCCGGAACCAAGUUGUAAACCCAAGAACGAAUACCACUGUCCAGAAAUACCCUUCAAUAACGAAACGCAAUACCAGAAAGAUUUCAAGCCAUGGCCUAUCCCCAAAAGGGGUGACCACCCUUGGAUUCCAAAACCCUGUCCAUCCGUAUCCGCAGGAGAUGACCGAGUCGCCGAGAGAUCCAAACACUAUGUACAUACAGAAUAUGAUAGCGGUGUUGAAAAAAGCGAAAUCGCCGACAAGGUGCAAGAAAAAGAGAUUCUGUCAAGUGAGAGGAAAAAGAGGCAUGUUAAGAAAGUGGCAGAGGUGUCCGAAAAGAGGGCUGGCUUGAAAUUAGAGGAUCAGAAAGGUGGGGAUGCCUCCACAGAGGGCAGAGGGAGGGCAGCCGUGGAUGCGCUGAACAGGCAAAUUAAACAGGAGGUCUCCGCUGGCAGUUCGUACAGGACGGAAUUCAAAGCCUACUCAGACGUGAAGCCGGUGAAACUGAUUAGGGCUAAGUCCCAGUACCAACCUCCUGCCGAGAAGACCAGUCUGGAGACCAGCUACAGCGCCACCUUCAGGGGAGAGCAGUCCAAGCUGCAGCCCUCGGACAACAAGGCGCUGGAGAGGAGAAGGGUACGCACGCUGUACAACGAACCUUACAAAGAGCUCAGUAAGGUGGAGAGAACGAGUCUCCCUCGAACCAAACCAAAAAAGACAACUACUGCCUCGGCCGGCCAGGGCAAAGCUGGCAAGAAGGCCAAGGAGAAGCAGGUCACCUCGGUGCGCGGGUCCAAGAAGAAGACCUCAGAGAACCAGCCUGAGUCCAGGCCAGCAGAUGGCAACAAGGAGAAAAGUAAAGAGAUGAACAACAAACUGGCUGAGGCAAAAGAGGUUGUGCUAAAACAGUACCACUACAUACAGCUUUCUCAGCCCAUCCGUGAUAUUGGUUGGGUGCAGACGCUAAAGCAACAUCUUUGGGGCUGUGCACUACCUGAUCCAAGAGAACCUAAGUCGGACCCCCAGAGAUCCAGUGAUCAUUAUUCCCAGGGUACCUCUGGAGGAGAACCAGAAUCACUGGUGGAACGACCAGAACCACGCAGGGGUCCUGGAGUAGUGCGCUUUGCGCCUGAUGUCAAGUAA